GCCAUAGUAAUGCAGCUUUGUGUAGGUUGAUGUGCGAAAAUAUGAAUCCCCCGGGCUCUGUUACUCAGGAUGCAGAAGCUACGCUCAUCGCUGUCGGCUGAGUUUAUCAUUUUAUGAUAGAUUGCAGCGUUGCAUUGUUUUACUACAGGGAGGUGUGCGAGGUAAUUGUACCCAUGUAGAGCAUCAGGGGUGAAAAAUCCGUCAAAUUAGCGCUAUUAUGCGUUACAAAAUGUAUUACAGCCAAUCAAUUAAAAUAUUUCGACUUUUGACGAUGAAUGUUCAAAAAGAAAACACCAAUCACCGAAGUUGGGCAGGCAGACAAGGUUGUUUAUUGAAGCCUAGUGCAUAGGUUUGCGGAAUGACGUAAACAGAACACUUGUGUUUUACAUGCUGAAAGGAGAUGUGGAGUAUUAAUGUUAUCAUUUAGUCAUGACCCAUUUUUUGUAAACGAAUAAUAGGUUGUCAAAUCUCCUUUCAAGGUAAGCAAAAGUUAUUUUUUAUGCUGUUAUUUGCAUAAGCAAAGGUGCUUCGCAUACGCAAUUCGUUUAAAUAGGAACUCAAACGGUUCUAUACAUUGCACUGUUUUUUUCUAAAGGUAGAUUUGCUGUGCAUUCCUUCGCUUGAAUCUUUUUUUCUUGAAAUCGACCGUUAUUUUUAUUAGUAUUUUCUAGUGUGAUCAUGUCAAAAGUCUUAGCUAAGCAAAGUUCGUGUCUCAGAUAAAGGCAAAACUGGCGUUGAUCUCUUUCAACCUUUUUGUGUUAACGUAUUAAUUUUCUUUCUCCUGAGGUUGAACAUCUUCCCGUUAAGCUUCCUCCUAUAUGGACGACUUUAUGGGAAUUCCUUAUACUAAGCCCAUCCAUUGGCUUCUCAACACCAAUGGCACCACUCCUCCAUUGUUUGAGCAAUCAAAUUUGAGGCCUGUUUUGCAGGCUGAGCAUGCCUCGUGGUUUCCUUUUAUCGUUAGCGUUGAGGUUUUAGAUACUGUCGUUGAUGUGUAUCAAAAGCACGUCAAAUGCUGUUGGCCGCGUAUCCUCAUCGAGGCUCGCGUUGCUGAGGCUCAUGAUCGACUUAAAAAGGCGCCCACACCGGAGGUUUGUGCGCCCUUAUUUGCCGCGUCUCCUGAGUUGUUGAAAAGACGCGGCCUCCUCCCCCUUCCGCAGGAGGGAGUCGCACUCGCUUGUAACUCACAGCAGGCUGCGAUGGCUCAUCAACUGGGCAUAUUUUUGAAGGCAGUUUACGCCUGCCAAACUGAAAGGCCACCACGAUCGAAGCCAAACGCCCAACGCAUCGUUUUCAGAAACCAACUGCCGUCGGUAUUCCGAUGCCAGGAGAACUCCAACGACGUGGUCUACAUGAUAACAGGGGCUCUGAAGUUGGUAUACAAGGAAGAGCCACUGACUAGUAACCGCAACGUGGAUUCUUGUUUGAAGCAAAAAAAUUUUGCGGAGCACAAACGUGAGGUUUUACGAAAGUUCCCUAUGAUGAUGGCGAUCGCGCCAAGCAGUAAUUGCGCAGCCUACGUGCAAUCGGAGCGUGCCUCCAGCGCUUCCUCAGAUAACCACGCACCUAAGCCCCAGAUACUGAUCUUGAAGGAAUUUCGUUUAAGGUCAAAUACGAACGAUGACAAUCAGGAAGGUGACAGGGGACUACAAAGAGGUGAUGGGAUUCAAGAAAUGGUCUGGGAGGGCAUUUAUUCGUCCUUUACAUGGUUUUUGAACCCUCAUGGUAACAAGAGGAAUCCUUUGCACCAGCGUUCUCAUCGACCAAAAAAAACAUCGUCUGACAGAAAAUUUAAUCCUACGUCGACACUAACACAUGGUGACCCCUCGUUCACCAUAGGUUUAGAUGAAUUGACUGCUUUUCCCGUUCAUUUGUUGACCGCUAAAGACACAGAGUCCAGGCUUGAGCCUUUGUCGAUUAGCUUUGACAUUUUUUCUAGUUGUUUUCACGAUGCGCGUGAUAAAAAAAACGCAUUAAAGAAGCUAAUGGACCUGAUGAAUGUAGCAGAUUCAAAACUUCAAAAAAAACUUAGUCGCUUUGCCGUCGGUUUGGAAAGUGACGCUUCGGGUCGAACGAAUGCCGCUUUCAUUCUCCAUCAACGAGGCCUUACUCACAGCAUUUUACAAUCGGAUACUGCCCCUUACAUACAACGAUUACCUUCCUUUAUUAAUUUUAUGGAUUCCUGUCAUAUAAAUGAUGAUACUGAUCCUGGCAGCUCUGAGGAAUUAUCGAGCAGCAGUCGUUCGUGUUCAAAUAGCUCUGCUGAUCCUCUCGUGUCCUUUUUUCCCGGAAAACGCUUGCGUCCACCCUCACAUCAAUCAUUCUCUUCUCUUAAUAUGAUCGAGGAGAAGGUAUGUGAGGAAGUUCAUCGGAAGAACCGAGGAACCGGGGUUGAAUCGGAAGUAGACAAAAUAUGUGAACCCUUAGAACACGCAAAGGAUUCUGUUGGUUUUCAGACGACCGAAGGCGAAGAUUUCCCUUUCAUACCUUGCAGUUGGUCUUCGGUUAAGCCUGAAAACCGCGCCAAGCUCGUUUGCGUUGGCCGCUUAGCGGCCUCUCGGGCAGUCCCCAGGGAAUUUUGUCGGCAGCCGAAUGCGAUGCUGCUCUACAAUGUGCUUCCGCAAGGGGUGGUGUUCCCGCUGAAAAUUGUUUCCCUCGACGGGAAUCCGCAAGAGCUGCAGCCUUUAGACAACGCUUUAUCUCUUGCGAACGCGUUGGUGGGUCUGAGGUAG